GCCGAGGCCGCGCGCGCGCGCUGCGAAGACGAGCCGCAGCCCCACGCAGUGAGUCCUAAGGCGAGCCCGCUGGACCCUGUAGCUCCCUAGGCCACGCCCGGCCUGGGAAGAUGGAGGGGGACCGGCGGUCCGGCCCACCCGCCCAGAGCCUGCUCCCCGAUGGCCACUUGGUCCUGUGGACGCUGUGCUCCGUGCUGCUGCCGGUAUUCAUCACCUUCUGGUGUAGCCUACAGCGGUCGCGCCGGCAGCUGCACCGCAGGGACAUCUUCCGUAAGAGCAAGCACGGCUGGCGUGACACCGACCUGUUCAGCCACCCCACCUACUGCUGCGUGUGCGCGCAGCACAUCCUGCAGGGAGCCUUCUGCGAUUGCUGCGGGCUCCGCGUGGACGAGGGCUGCCUCAAGAAGGCGGACAAGCGCUUCCCGUGCAAGGAGAUUAUGCUCAAGAACGACCACAGGGCCACGGAUGCCAUGCCCCACCACUGGAUCCGCGGCAACGUGCCCCUGUGCACUUACUGUGUAGUCUGCAGGCAGCAGUGUGGCAGCCAACCUAAACUCUGCGAUUACAGGUGCGUUUGGUGCCAGAAAACAGUCCAUGAUGAAUGCAUGAAAAGUAGCUUAAAGAAUGAGAAGUGUGAUUUCGGAGAAUUCAGAAAUCUCAUCAUCCCACCGGGUUAUUUAACUUCCAUUAACCAGAUGCGUAAAGACAAAAAAACAGAUUAUGAAGCGCUAGCUUCUAAGUUUGGAAAGCAGUGGACUCCGUUAAUAAUCCUGGCCAACUCUCGGAGUGGGACCAACAUGGGAGAAGGACUGUUGGGAGAGUUUAGGAUCCUAUUGAAUCCAGUCCAGGUGUUUGAUGUAACUAAAACGCCUCCGAUCAAAGCCCUGCAGCUCUGCACGCUUCUUCCUUACUACUCAGUUCGAGUCCUUGUUUGUGGAGGGGACGGGACUGUGGGCUGGGUCCUCGAUGCAGUUGAUGAGAUGAAGAUUAAGGGACAAGAAAAAUACAUUCCACAGGUGGCAGUCUUACCUCUGGGAACAGGCAAUGAUCUGUCCAAUACCCUGGGUUGGGGUACAGGCUAUGCUGGAGAAAUCCCGGUUGCACAGGUCUUGAGAAAUGUAAUGGAAGCAGAUGGAAUCAAACUGGACAGAUGGAAAGUACAGGUAACAAAUAAAGGAUACUACAAUUUAAGAAAACCCAAGGAGUUCACAAUGAAUAACUACUUCUCUAUUGGACCCGAUGCCCUCAUGGCUCUCAAUUUUCACGCUCACCGUGAGAAGGCGCCAUCUCUGUUCUCCAGCAGAAUCCUUAACAAGGCUGUUUAUUUAUUCUAUGGAACUAAAGAUUGUUUAGUGCAAGAGUGUAAAGAUUUGAAUAAAAAAAUUGAGCUAGAACUGGAUGGUGAACGAGUUGAACUGCCUAGCUUGGAAGGCAUCAUCGUUCUGAACAUUGGAUACUGGGGCGGUGGCUGCAGACUGUGGGAAGGCAUGGGGGAUGAGACUUACCCUCUAGCCAGACAUGAUGAUGGCUUACUGGAAGUCGUUGGAGUGUAUGGGUCUUUCCACUGUGCUCAAAUCCAGGUGAAACUGGCAAACCCUUUUCGAAUAGGACAAGCACAUACAGUGCGGCUGAUUCUGAAGUGCUCCAUGAUGCCAAUGCAGGUGGAUGGGGAGCCAUGGGCCCAAGGACCCUGCACCGUCACCAUAACACACAAGACACACGCGCUGAUGCUGUACUUCUCUGGAGAGCAGACGGACGAUGAUGUUUCAAGUGCUUCUGAUCAAGAGGACUUAAAGGAAGCUGAGUAGAAGGAUGGAAUGAAGCAGCAUCUGCCAAACCAGGAGACACAUGGCCGUCCACAGGAAGUACUGUUGGCACUCUGCUCUUCAUUUCAUUCCUAGUAUAAUGUGUGUGAGCUCUGUAAGCAGCAUUUCCACAGCUAGGCUUCGGCACC